AUGGAUUAUAGGUCUUAAUAUUUGCAAUAAAAAUACUAUUUUUAAAACGCAACAUCUGUGAAAGAUGCUUAUAUAAAUGAUCUCUCAAUAAGAGAAAAAUCUUAUAACGCCAAGGACAAUUUUGAUGUGAUUGAUCCAAGAGUGAAAGAGAUAGAGAGAAUAGCAGAAAUAAAUUAUAUUGCAUAAAAAAAAAAUGAAUAAAGACAUUUACAGUAAAAAUAAAAAGAGUAAAGCCUAAAUGAGUUGAAAUAAAAAUAAAAUGAAUACAAAGAAAGAUUAUUAGACUAUAAAAUCUAAGAAUCACAGAAGAGAUACCUCCAAGAAAACUCAAUACAAAAAGAUAGUGAAUUUGUUAAUGCAAAUAGUUUACAGCAGGAAUAUAGAAAUAAUAGUUUUAGCUAAAAGCUACAAUCAUACGGAAAUAAUAGGACUGAUUUGUAGAACAAUUAAAAUUUUCCAUACAAUCCUAAUAGUUAUUUGAUGCUGAACGAUUCAUAAGAGUCUAAUCAAAUAAGAAGUAUUUAAUCUCUCCCUCUAAGUUAAAGUUUUAAGGGUAGUUAAAAUUCAUAAAAUUAUAAUAAAAAUACAGACGGCAGAGAAAAAAUAUCCUUUAGAAGUAGGAGUAAUAUCUAUGGUUAAUUAAAGAAUAUAUCAACAGGAAAUUAGCCCUAAUAAGGUAAAACAGAAAUUAAGCUAGUUCCUUUAUCAAACAAAAUAAAAAAUGACUUACUAAACAACAGCUCUAAGCUAGAGAAAAAUAUGUAAAGUAAAAAUAUUUACAGUGAUAUUGAAGAAUAGUAUUAACCAGAUUACUCUAAAUUAAUUAUUCAAUCUAAGUAUCUUAUUUCAUAGAAUAAUUUAAAGGAAGCUGAGAUUCUUUUAGAAAAUUUGAUAUUAAAAAUUCCAUUCCACUCCGAUUGCUUAUAUUUACUGGGUGACACUAAAAGGAUCAUUGGUAAAUUUAAGGAGUCAGAGAUUCUUUUAAAGAAGUGUAUGUAGUAAGAAAAUUACACACCUUUUGCAUAUAAAUCUUUGGCACAAACAUAUUUCUCUUUAUGCAAAUAUCAGGAAUCUUCAUUUUAUUUAAAAAAAUAUAUUUUGUUUAAGAAAGAUGACGAUGAAGCUUUGUCAGUUUUAGGAUAAUGCCUAAUUAAGUUAGGUGAAAACUUGGAAGCCUCAGCUUGUUUUAACAAAGCUCUAGAAAUAAAUCCAAAUCAAUUAGAGUACUAUUUAUACAGAUCAGAAGUGAAUGACUUGUUAGGUUUAAGAGAAUUAUCAUAAAGAGAUUACAUCUAUUUUAAGCAAAAUAAAUCUGAUUAUUUAUCAAGUUUAUCAGAACUCUCCAAAAAUCUUAAAAAUAAAGGAAAGAUUUUAGAAAGUGAAUAAAUUAUUUAAAAAAUAAAUCUACUCAUUCCAAUAAAUUGA